AUGGUCACAGAAAAAAUGGUUCGAACAGAGUCGCCACCAAACUCCUUCCAAAUUGCCUGUGCCUCUAGACUCCUCUGUCCAAGUAAGUCAUAUUCCUCUGAAGCUCAUUUACAUUAUAAUUUAAAGCAAAUAUCUUCCUCUCUACCUCAACCUUUCCCUACAUACUCUCCAUAUGAACCCGCAAUAUCUAUUCCAACUCCCUCUGAACCCCAUAACUCUGAACCCAACACACCCUCCUCUCCUCCUCAUAAAUUCAACCUAGAACAACAACACUCCCCUUAUAUGAAGCUAGAAAUUACUGACCCUCCAUCUCUAUCAUUGGCCCUACUCCAAGCUAAAACACCAUUUGAACAACAUCCAUCUGUCCCAGAAACCUCUGUGCCCCCACCUUCUGAACCUCCAUCUAAACCCCCAACUGAACAACCCUCUGAACCUCCCACUAAAACCACACACACUUCAUCUGAACCUCAAACUAAACAACCCUUUGAACCUCCCACUGAAACCACCCACACUUCAUCUGAACCCAUUAAUCCAUCAUUUGAACCUGCACCUCCCUUCCCAACCCUAGAAGAGUCAUUUGCUUUAUUUUCAGAAUCUUCAGUUGUGAAGCUCAAAACACUGUCUGAACAAUCCAGCCUAAGUGAUAAUCCUUCUGAAGUAAGGAAUCACUGGAAUGGAUUUCUCAUAUGGAUGACAUCUGAGGUCUUCAAGCUGAAAGGACUCUAUGAACAAGUUAGAAAUGACUAUAUUAGAGAAGCUGAGGAGAGGCUAGAGGAACGUCUAGCCAAAGAAGCUGAAGAGAAAGCACACCAGGAAGCUGAAGAAAAGGAAAGACUGGAAGCUAAAGAGUUGGAGAGAAAGGAAGCGAAAGAAAAAGUCACCGCUGAGGCUGCUGCUGCUAAAGCUGAAGCCAAAGCCAAGGCUGAUGCUGAAGAAGCAGCGCACAUUAUUGAAGAGGAAGCAUCUAAGGAAAAGGAAGUUUCUCUGACUCAGUGUGAGUCCUCAAACUCUGACCUUUCUCCGCUAGUGCUCAAGACUCUGGAAGAACUCCAAAAGGAACAACAACUUGUGAGAGCCAGACUUGAUCAACAAGACUCUAUCAACUCUAGCAUUCAGACCCUCCCGGCUCAGCUACUUCAGAGGAUGCCUCCUCCUCCAAACCCUUAG